CAUCACCAACACCACCAACAACAAAACCACCAACAACAACACCACCAACAUCACCACCUACAACAUCACCAACAACACCACCAACAUCACCCACAACAGUCCAUGAGAUCUGAGGCCAGGAGCGAGUGGCAACAGUGGUGGCAGCAGAAACUGGCCACAACAACAGCAGACGCAGUGACAGCAGCAGCAGAAACAGCGUGAGCAUGGAGCUGGGCAGCGCAGAGCUCCUGGAACUGCUGCUCGACUGCCCGGAUGGGUCACGUGACACAGGGCAUUCUGGGAUACUUAUGGGGGAUGCCUUCAUCGGCUCUGAGGAAUCGGGAGACAUUUGGGGCAUCAAUCACGCCAUGGAAGACAGCGAGUCGGAGGACCUCCUCUCCCACAUCGUCGACCCCAACCAGGCGCGCUCCAUGUCCCCACGAGAUGACGGCGGCUUGUCACCCAUGGGCAGCGACGACAGCGGCAUCUCGGACGAAUCGGCCGUGCCGGGCCCAGGGGUCGCCCUCGGCGAGGGCCUGGCCCCCAUGAUCGCCGAGGGCAGCAGGGCAGCAGUGGGCAGCGGUGCCCGGGACGUGUGCUACGUACUGAGCGUGGGGUUGGAUGGGGUGAAGGCCGUGGCUCCGUCGUCAGACAUGGACAUCAUCUCCAUUGAGUACGACGAGUGGAACUCCCACAUGGCCGGCAUCUCCACGUUCGCCGACAAUCCCAUGGCAGCGCUGGCCGGCGGAAUCAAAGUGGAGAGCACCAUGCUGUCCGCCAGCCAGUACUCGUACCGCGACACUGGCAAUCUGUUCCCAGAGAUUACUCUGUCUGAAGAGGAGAGAAAGCUGCUGGAGCAAGAGGGAUUGUCACUACCCUCCCACCUGCCACUUACAAAGGCGGAAGAGCGCAUGCUCAAGAAAGUUCGCAGGAAAAUCCGGAACAAGCAGUCGGCGCAGGAGAGCCGGAAACGGAAGAAGGAGUAUGUGGACGGGCUGGAAGGGAGGGUGGCGGCCUGCAGCACUCAGAACGAGGAGCUCAAGAGGAAAGUGGAUCAGCUGGAGGCACAGAACAUAACGUUGGUGACGCAGCUGAAGAAGCUGCAGGCCAUGGUGACGCAGACGUCCAGCAAAGCGGCGCAGACGAGCACCUGCGUCAUGGUGUUCCUGCUGUGCUUCGCACUCCUUGUCUUCCCCAACUACAGCCCUUUCGGCUCGUCGAAGAACGCCUCCCAGGAGCUCUAUACACCCGAGGGAGCGGUGCUGUCCAGGGCACUAAAGGGGAUCGAAUCUCCCCUAGAAAACCUGGAGCCAGAGCAGCCUAACCUGUCGCAACCUGACGGGGUCGUGCCAGCAGGGUCACCAGGAAGUCGAGCUAUUGCCGUCGCCGGCCCUCCCAGCAACCCUGAAAAUCGGCCAUCGCAGUCAUCAUCAUCAUCAUCGGCAACAGCAGCAGUAGAUGACGUGGUGAAAGCGAGCUGUGGAAACGCCACAAAUUGUGGGGCCGCCACCAAAGAUGUCGUUGCGGAGGCGCCAGGUCCGGUUGGCGUGCCCAGUGGUGCGGUCGGAGACGGGGAGGCUCCGCUGGGCAGUGUGGCUGACGUCAAGUCGACGCACGCUGACGAGAUGUGAGAGACUUGGAGGGAGGAGAGAAAACAACGGGGAGUAGCGGGGAGAUAUGAGGAGCGGGAGGAGGAGGAGGAAGACAUGGGGAUGAGAGGGAAGACACAAGGAGGAGUUUGGAGACAUGAGGAUAAAGAGGAAGACACGGAGAGGGGAGGGUAGAUAGGAUGAGAUAGAAGAAGAGACGGAGAGAAGGGAGAAACGAGAGAGCGGAAGCCAUGAUAAGAGACAAGGGGCCGAAGAGGAACAGGGAUGACACGAGGAGGGGAGACAUGGGAGAGUUGAGGGGAGGAGGAGUCCUGUCUUUUUAUUUCAAAAACUUCUAGCCAGAUAGGUGACUGGAUGGCUCCUGAAUUUGUCUGCUGUAACGCUGCGGGUUUCCUGACACUGAAAUCAAUAACCAAAAAAACAUAGAGACCUGUGUAAUAUAUUUUAUUGUAAUUUAAUAAGUUAAAUAUUUUGACAUUCCACGGAUAAUUCUUUCAAUCAUCAAGCCAAUACGUGCCUUUAGGUACUAUGGGACAGUCAGAGUAUCAAUAGUGACAUUCAGGACGUCACAACUUUCUUUGUGGCGUUUUGCUGCAUCGCCGAGAUUCGAUGCAAGAAUAAUUUUCGUCUUGUAUCAUUGUGGUAAAUGUCGUAGCAGUCUUUCAGUGUGCUGCAUGGGUAAGGUCAACCCAUUACACGCUUCGCAUCAUUCCAGUGAGAAUCGUAUAUUAAUGACGGGCCAGAUGGGUCAGCGGAAGAGCGAGUUACUUGCAAUCGGAAUGCGGCGAGUGCACAUCCUGGUUGGGGCAGGCGGGGUGGGGGGAGAGGUGUUGACUCGGGAUCGAUAAAAUAAAUAGCAAUGUGGGGGAAGUCAACAGUGGUUGUCCUAUGCAGGAGAUGUGGAACUUCGAACACUGUACUCAGGGCUACAAACAGGAUGAGAACUGAUGCCCUCAAAGCUCAGAGCGACAGGACAUCACUUGACUUUUUGACUGUUUGUGUAAUGGGCUCACGUGACCUCUCAUUGCGUUAAAUAUGAUGGGAACAUAUCGAGAGAGAGAGUCAGACUUUAGCAAUGAUUUUGAGAGCGUUUAUAAACACGUUAUCGUGUUAUAAUAGGGACCAGGGAGGCAGAACGUUCUCUGGUUCCAAAUGCUGUAAAAAUGUGUGCGCACAUACACACGGCAACAAACUCCCGUUUGCCGUUAAGUAGCGGCAACGACGUGGCCCUUGUACUCGUCUCGGUACACUUUGAAACCACGUGGAUUUACAAAAGCUCCGUUGACAUGAGGUCACGAGACAUCGAAUGUUCGGUGAACCGCACCCUUUUCACAGAGGUGUGUACACAAACGUAAACAGACACAUUCACUAGGACAGAUCCCCCCUGUGGCCUUAAACUAUUAGGGGGAAAGUACUUUUGGCGAGCGCCUACGUAGGCCAAAACGAUACACGAGCGGGUGGGGGGUGGCCAGUACAACACCCGGCCACCUUUGUCUCCCAAAGUGCUAAUAUUUAUACACCUCACCAGGUACUCAAUUUAUGGUUGAGUUGACCUAGGGGAGGUAUCGAACUCUGGUCGCCGGGUUCCUAGCACAGUGCUCUAACCACUACACAACCACUCCCCAAAGUAGACAUGCAUAGCCACACAUAAACAGAUUCACAUGCACGACAAAACAGACUCGUACAUAAAUAGCGGGUGAAUGAGGGUAUGGUGUUGCCAGUACCACGCCCAGCAGCUACCUUUGUCUCUCCAGUGCAUUUGUUCACACACCACACUGAGGCUGCUUUGACUUUGGGGAUGCCCAGAACCGGCCCAGACAUCGCUUGCCACCGAUUUUAUCCGUGGCCGGGAAUCAAACUCGGAUGGCCAUUUUCCUGGCGCAUAGCGUGGGACCAUCUCAGAACCAUUGCGCCAUCUUGUUAUUGUGAGCUACAGCUCGUCAGCAAACGACAUCAAUGUUGGCCAUAUCACGCCAUUUGUUGACUGCAAUGAGCAUGGGGCACUUUGCCGUGAAGUGACAUUUGCCUCUUGCUGCACUGCGGGGUUUAGGGCGCGAGAGCUUCUCAACGGCCCAAUGAGUGUGAGCGCUUUGCCGGGGGAGCCGCGAAUUCGUUGAGAAGGAACCGUUGCUUCUGGAUUGGCUGGAUUGGGCACCACGGUGGCUAGAAGAUGUUAACUACCUCGCCUGGUAUGCAGGAGCUCGUGGGUUCGAUCCCGACCCGGUCGCGUUGGCAGCGUCCUGCGCCAACAGCUGGCGUGUAAGCACACGACCGCUAUUCACGAUCCGCUUGUGCGAGGGGAGAAACGGGGGGCGUCAGUGUAGGGUUAACGAUGUGUAGUAGUGAUUGUUUUUUGCACUAGCUUUAUUUGUUGGUAAUAGAGGUGGGGGGGGGGGUGGUAUUGUUGAUAAACAUUUACAUAUGACCUUGGUGGUUUACACUCCAAAUGUGUUCUAAAUAUGUUUAAUGUCAAUUGUAAUCAUUUUUACAUUACGUUUGUCAAUCCACUGCUCGAUGGUUGCCGGCCAUAGCGGGGGUGGGGGGUGGUUGCUUGAGCAUACUUCACCACGCCGGUCAGUGUGGGUUCGUGAAGACAGGAAAGGGGAAGGGGGGUCAGAGGUGGAUCAGGACCAUUUAAAAAAUCAACUUGUCACUGAUGUGAACCUUGGCCAGAAUUUGAGCUCUCUGGGACCACCAGCGCCCUGCCCCACCAACCCCAAAAGCACAGGACUAUAAGUCGAACACUACAUUUCUGUUUCAGCUUAACUGCAUUACGUUUGCUUUUGUGGGCAUCUGAUGGUACUGUAAUUCACAUAAUCGGGGAGGCCGAAAUCUUUUUCAACGAUGUAGUUCUAAUUGCGACGUGCAUUCUGAAGGCGUAUGUGUGUUGUACGCAUUAAAAACAAAAAGAAAUCCUGUUA